AUGGCCGAGACGCCCCAAGCGUCCGGCCGUUCAUGUGUCUGCUGCGGCGGGAAUGAAGCAGACCAGCCAGCUCUCUACGGGGAUGCUGCGACGCGGCAAAGAUUCGUUGACCGCGGGGCCGACGUUUGUGCAACGGCCGGAUCACGAGACUCGACCGCUCUUCAUCUUGCUGUCGAAUCCGGCGACGAGCCGAGUGUCCAACGCCUCGUCGACGCAGGCGCCAAUGUAUCGGCGCAGACCAGCGGUGGCGUGGCACCAUUGCACACGGCGGCCGCCGGCGGACACUUCGCAAUAGCUCAACUGCUUGUCGAGGCCGGCGCAGUCGUCGAUGCGCGCAACCAGGACGGAAAGACGCCUUUACAUGCAGCGGCUUCGUUCUGGCAACCAAAGAUUGCCCGGCUCCUCAUCGAUGCUGGAGCAGAUGUGCGGGCCGAGGAUAGUCACGGACGGUCGCCACUCCACGAGGCUGCUCGUCGCGACUCUUUAGCCGUAGCCCGCUUACUGCUCGACGCCGAUGCCGACGUGAAUGCCAUGGACAAGGCCGGGGACACGCCACUGCUUGCCGCGUUGCCCGACGGCCCAGGCGCCAUCAAGCUUCUCCUUGGUCGUGGCGCCGACGUGCCCGUCGAACACGACAGACGUGAAGGCGGGAAUACAUUGCUGCACCUUGCGGCUCAGAGCUCUGCGGAUCUACUCCAGGCCUUGCUCGCCACUGGCGCUGCUGACAUUGAGGCGGUCAACGACGACGGCGAGACGCCAUUGCAUUAUGCGGCUGCCUACGGACACACGCGACAGGUCCAACUCCUCAUUGAUGCCGGCGCCAAUGUGCACGCGCUUACCAAGGACGGCGAGACGGCCCUGCACAUGGUGGCGGGCGACCCGGCCGCCUCAUAUCUGGGCGAGGCGCCUGAUGCUGCCGAUACGACAAGACUGCUCAUCAAUGCUGGUGUAGACGUGAACGCGAGGACCAAGGGACAUACAGCUCUGGCCCGAGCAGCCGAGUGCAGGCACGACGCCGUCGCAAGAGUACUCCGUGAAAGAGGUGCCGAUGAAUAG